UGAUCAACUGUGUCCAAUCACAGCUGACCGCAUGUAAAUAGGGAAAUGCCGGUUAUCGGCAUUUCUCUCCUCACGAGCUAGGGAACAUGUACACUGAUCAUCAAGGCACUGAUGAUCAGUGUGCCCUGAUGAUCAGUGUAGCCCCAGCAGUGCCACCUGUCAGUGUCCAUCAAUGCCAGCUGUCAGUGCUCAUCAAUGCCACCUGCCAGUGCCCAUCAGUGCCUCUUCAAUGUCUAUCAGUGCCUACCAGUGCACAUCAAUGCCACAUAUCAGUGCCCAUCUGAGCUGCCUUUCAGUGUCACCUGUCAGUGCCAAUCAGUGCCGCCUAUAAGUGCAUAUCAAUGCCGCCUAUAAGUGCUGCCUAACAGUUCCAGUCAUCAGUGCCACCUAACAGUGCCUGUCAGUGCCGCCUGUCAGUGCCAGUCAAUGCGCCUAUCAGUGCCACCUAUCAGUG